CAUUGAUCCAGAUCUGAAUGUGGACCUGGAUUUAAUCGGUUCGUUCCACAGGCCUGAAAGUUCUGUGUGUUUUAACCUUUAAAAAUCCAUGAAUGAGUCUGAACGUGGUACAGGUGUGUGACAUCAUCAGGCGUUCAAUCCUCAGUAUGAGAUUGGAUCAUUGUCUCUUUGGGGACACUGAGCCCAUCUGCAAGUUUCACAUUUGAAUAAAAAGUCUUUCUCUUCAGGGCUGGUUGUGGCUCCUCCCCCACCCCCCCAACUUCUGCUUUGACUCAUCGCAUCUCGUGGUUUAACGGACACAAAGUCAACACAGCUCAGACUGAGAGACGCUGCUGAGACGAGGAGUCCACCGACUGUCACUGAAUGACUUCAUCGACAUAAACAAGUAUCUGAUCACAUGACCUCCAUGGAUGACAUCAUGAACAUCACAAUGUUCACCACAGAGGACCCAUCCUCUUUCAGCCCCUCCCCCACCACCGACGUGGACUACAGCGACUACGAGGACCUGAUGUGUGACCGGGAAUCAGUGCGGCUGUUCAGGGGUCAGUACGAGCCGCCACUCUUCUGGAUGAUCGCUCUGGUGGGUGGAGCAGGGAACCUGGCCGUGGUGUGGAUCUACCUGAACUUCCGCCGGCGGCUGAAGACCAUGUCGGACGUGUACCUGCUGAACCUGGCGGUGGCCGACCUGCUUUUCCUGUUCACGCUGCCCCUGUGGGCUGUUGAGGCAUCGCAUGGCUGGAGCUUCGGCUCCACGAUCUGCAGGCUGACCUCCACAAUCUACAAGGUGAACCUGUUCAGCAGCAUGAUGCUGCUCACCUGCAUCAGUGUCGACCGCUACAUCGUCAUUGUACAGACCACCAAGGCGCAAAACUCAAAGAUGGAGCGCCGCCGGCACAGCCGGCUGGUGUGCCUGGCAGUGUGGCUACUGGCCCUGCUGCUCGCGGUGCCCGAGCUCAUGUACGCCACCAUUGCAAAGACAGACUCGCAUCAGAACUGCAGGAUGGUGUAUCCCGCUCACCUUGGCAACAGCACCAAGAUCCUGGUGCUGUUGCUGCAGGUGAGCAUGGGCUUCUGCUUGCCUUUCAUGAUCAUGGCCUUCUGCUACAGCAUCAUUGUUGCCACGCUGCUCAAGACCCGAAACUUCCAGAAGCACAAAGCCAUGCGCGUCAUCCUGGUGGUGGUGGUGGUAUUCGUUGUGUCACAGCUGCCCUACAACGGCGUGCUGGUGAUGCAGGCGGCGCAGGCCUCUAACAUGACCAUGACCGACUGUGAGGAGGUGAAGCGCUUCAACAUGGUGGAAGAGGUCCUGAAGAGUCUGGCCUACAUGCACGCCUGCCUCAACCCUUUCCUCUACGCCUUCAUGGGCGUGCGUUUCCGCAAGGAUGUGCUGCGGCUUCUGCGCUGCUGCAGUUGCCAAUCACAGCCCCACAAAAGUCAGCUGAGUAAGACCAGCAAGAGUCCUCUGGGCUCAACCAGAGCCUCGGUGAUGUCAGACAGCGACACCUCGCAGGCCCUGUCCCUGUAGACACGCCACGGAUACUUCCUGUUUGUGCUGCAGCAGCUGUCAUGGCAACAGAGGAGUGAAAUCACCCAUCAAUCCUCAUUACUCCCCAUCACUCCUUAUCACGCCCCAUCACUCCCCGUCACGUCCCAUCACUCUCCCAUCACUUUUCAUUACACCCCAUCACUCCUUAUCACUCCUCAUCACUCCCCAUCACUCCUCAUCACUCCUCAUCACUCCCCCAUCACUCCUCAUCACUCCCCAUCGCUCCUCAUCACUCCUCAUCACUCCCCAUCACUCCUCAUCACUACCCAUCACUCCUCAUCACUACCCCAUCACUGCCCCAUCACUCCUCAUCACGCCCCAUCACUCCCCAUCACUACCCCAUCACUGCCCAAUCACUCCUCAUCACUCCCCAUCACUCCUCAUCACUCCCCAUCACUCCCCAUCACUCCUCAUCACGCCCCAUCACUCCUCAUCAUUCCCCAUCACUGCCCCAUCACUCCCUCAUCUCUUAAUCCAGUCUCACUUCAAUUUAGCUUCAAGCUGCUUUGAAAUCCUUGAAUGAAGGUCUUGAAUGUAGAAUCCUGACAUCCUCAAACUUCUUUCCAGAAAAUUUUCCAGGACUUCCUCAAGACAUUCCAGGACUUUGUCAGGACUUUCUCAAGACAUUGCAGGACUUUUCAGGACAUUUCCAGGACUUUUCAGGACUUUCCCAAGACUUUCCUGGAUUUUUCCAGGACUUCCCCAGGACUUUCUCAGGGCCUGCGUUUAUGUUAAAUGUGAAAUUCUUUUUUGCCACAAACUGUGUGAUUUUUAGCCGCUGUUAUUGAAGAGUGUUGGGUCAUGUGACCUCCUCACAUUUUGACUGUGUUGCAGCUUCCUGUUUGAACAGGAAACACAUCACAUGAAGGAAGUAAGGAGGAGCCUUAAACUGAGCCAAUGCUGCAUCUCUGUCAGAUCAUGUGAUUUUAUAUCUGUUCUGUUUGUUUAAUGAAAGCUGAACAUUCAUUCAUAGAGAAGUCAUCUGUUACUGUCAGACACCACUGAACAGCGCUGCUAACACAUGCUAACAGAUGCUAACAGAGGCAGUAGGAUGCUAACAUGGACAUUUAUAUCCGCGGAUGUUUUCUGUUGUAAAUAGUUUUUGUAGCUGUUUUUGGUUCAUGUAUGUAAACAUAUGGUCUCAGAAUGAAGUGAAUGUAAAUGUUUCUUUACAUGUUCAAAUAUUAAAGUGUGUGUCAAACAAA